CACUUACCUAUCCUUUGGAACCUGUUAGAUGAGUGACAUUUCUAUAUCUCUCCCCAUCUAGGUCUGUGAAGGAUCACUGGGCAGAUCUGAUGGAGCUGGAGGAUUAUCGGAGAGAAUUCAUCAGUGAAUGGAGGAAGUGGAGUCUGGACGUGGUCCUCUGCCCAAUGUUGGGUCCAGCCUUCAACACAGGCUAUCCGGGACAGUUUCUUGCCCCGAUCUCCUACACCAUGCUCUACAACAUUCUGCAUUUUCCGGCUGGAGUCGUCCCUGUUGGCUCCGUCACCGCAGAAGAUGAAGAGAAGCUGAAGCUUUACACAGGCUACAGCAACGACCCCUGGGACAAGCUCUUCAAGAAAGCUGUCAAAGAUGGGGUGGGUCUGCCCCUGUCUGUCCAGUGUGCCGCGCUCCCCUACCAAGACGAGCUCUGCCUGCGCCUCAUGAAGGAAAUUGAGACCCUCAGCAUUCACCAUCACUAGAGGGGGACGCGGACACCUACUGAAGGGUGAAAGGGUCCGAACCAUAGAGAAUCGGCAGACCACCAAUAUGUCAGGUGGUGGGAGAAGGGAUGGCUUCUCCUGCUCCAGUCUGUCUGGGAGGGGUUAAUAAACAGAGUGGUGGGGGUAAUAUACCGGGGUGAUAUAUAACAGGUGGUGGGGGUAAUAAAUACAGUGGUGGGAGUAAUAUACCGGGGUGACAUAUAACAGGUGGUGGGGGUAAUAAAUACAGUGAUGGGGGUAAUAUACCGGGGUGAUAUAUAGCAGGCGGUGGGGUUAAUAAAUACAGUGGUGGGGUUAAUAUACCGGGGUGAUAUAUAGCAGGUGGUGGGGGUAAUAAACAGAGUGGUGGGGGUAAUAUACCGGGGUGAUAUAUAACAGGUGGUGGGGGUAAUAAAUACAGUGGUGGGGGUAAUAUACCGGGGUGAUAUAUAACAAGUGGUGGGGGUAAUGAAUACAGUGGUGGGGUUAAUAUACUGGGGUGAUAUAUAGCAGGCGGUGGGGGUAAUAAAUACAGUGGUGGGGGUAAUAUACCGGGGUGAUAUAUAGCAGGCGGUGGGGGUAAUAAAUACAGUGGUGGGGGUAAUAUACCGGGGUGAUAUAUAACAAGUGGUGGGGGUAAUGAAUACAGUGGUGGGGGUAAUAUACCGGGGUGAUAUAUAACAGGUGGUGGGGGUAAUGAAUACAGUGGUGGGGUUAAUAUACUGGGGUGAUAUAUAGCAGGCGGUGGGGUUAAUAAAUACAGUGGUGGGGGUAAUAUACCGGGGUGAUAUAUAGCAGGCGGUGGGGGUAAUGAAUACAGUGGUGGGGUUAAUAUACCGGGGUGAUAUAUAACAGGCGGUGGGGUUAAUAAAUACAGUGGUGGGGGUAAUAUACCGGGGUGAUAUAUAGCAGGCGGUGGGGGUGAUGAAAGAGGAAGAUAAUGGACGUAGAAGGAUUUUAGCCAAGAGACGAUCCUAACUGCUACCAUCGCCGAAUCCUCUGCUCUCACCUAUCACUUAUAUGAUUCUCUUGUUAUGACACAGGUAUAAAACAAACUUCUUAUGACAUCA